AUGAGUGCGGGUACCGUUAAUAACUACAGUACAAUAGAUCUCACGAAAUCAAACAUACGGCUUACGGACAACAUAGAGAAUAAGACGUGGCGCGCGAAAACUAAGAGUUUUUUGAAACAUUUUAAAUAUUUACUUUGUGAAACAACUGUGGAACCAUGUCUGUUUUUUUAUAUGAUGUGCACUGCGUUAUCGUCGUUCACCGUACAAAAUAUGCAUUUGGAAAAAUCGUGCCGCAUAAAUUUGAAAUUAGGUGAUGAAGUAUGCGAUCGCAUCAGAGACAGAAAUACAACAGGAUUGGAAUUGGAAUUAAAUCAGGUUCAAUCGUUAGUAGCUCAAGUAGUAGCUUGGAAGUUCCCCCUUCAAACCGGAAUACCAGCUGUAAUGGUCCUGUUUAUUGGUGCUUGGAGUGAUAAGACGAAGAAACGAAAAAUUUGUAUCCUGUUUCCAUUCCUUGGAGAGAUAAUAGCGAAUAUAGGACUAAUAUUUGCUACCUUUUUUAAAUUAUCCCUAACUGUGACUGCUCUUAUAGAAGCAUUACCAUCGGCGUUCACUGGCAGCUAUAUUAUCAUAUUUAUGGGAAUGUACAGUUUCAUGGCUGAUCGGACCUCAGUGGAAAGCAGGACCUUUCGUCUAGGACUUGUAACUAUUUGUGUUACUUUAGGCACACCCACUGGGACUGCCCUGAGUGGGAUACUCUUACAAGUUUUAGGUUACUACGGAAUGUUCAUAAUGUUAAUAAUACUUUAUUCUUCAUCACUUAUGUAUGGUUUUAUACGACUUGAAGAUAUUUUACCAAUCGAUGAUAACGUAAUGUCAGAUUAUGGGAAUGGUGGUUUCAAGCAAUCUGUUAAGGAGGUGUUCGGUUUGGUUGCCAACACUGUGUUAGUGGCUGUCAAACCUCGUGCUUUUGGAAUGAGGAAACAAAUAUUAUCAGUUAUCGUCCUUUACGUUAUAAUGGUGGGACCGUUGUAUGGAACAUUCUUUUGUAUAACUUUUCUAUGCAAGAGGAUGCAUGUGCAGGACAGCCUUAUCGGUCUCCUUGCAGGAGUGAGCAGGAUAGCUGGUUGUUUGGUAUUAGCCUUUGCUCCGAACAGAGCUUGGUACUAUUCAGCACCCAUUUUCAGUAUAUUCAGUCACACUGGUCUCACAGCUGUAAGAUCCAUAGCUACCAAAAGUGUUCCGGUAGAAGAAGUCGCCAAAUUGAGUUCAGUGAUUGGUGUAAUGGAAGCAAUAGCACCUUCAGUGUACAUGCCGACAUCAAGUUUUAUAUACGUCAAUACAUUGGACACGUUUCCUGGCGCCUUUUAUCUGUUCGACGCCAUGCUCACUGUAGUCGCCUUAAUAUUAUUUUCAUAUUUAUACGUUUUGGUGAGACGAAGGGACAGGAAUAUGGUUACUGAUCUCAGUAGGAAAGAGGAAUAUGCUAGAACCAAUGAAGUAUCUAGAUUUUAA